CCAUAACCACCCCCUGUUCUUGGUUUCAGUGGUAAAAGAGCUUUUUCGUACAGUCUCUGAACUUGCGACUUCACAUACUUCGAAUAUACCUCGAUAUUUGGCUGAAUCAACGUACUUUCUUCGAAGCUGUUGUCGAAGUUACCGUUUUCAUGAAAACAUAGUGUUUUAUUUAUAAACUAUCAGGUUUGCUAAGAACUAAUCAGUUCGGAAGUUUUCCUGUGCUGUGUUAUAUUAUUAUUCUUGAGAGUUUCAGGUUUGGAUUUGAAGAAACCGGAAUGUGUGUUUAAUUUUUUUUCUUGAGCCUGAUCGUAGUUACUAAUAUUUUAAUUAUUUUUAUUAGUUGUGUCGUCUAAUUUAGUGUAAAACGAUCUGCUGAAGAAGAGGGAGUUGAAAAUUGUUGGAGCAAUUUGGUGGUAUAGUGUGCGUGGGGGUGUGAGUGGAGCGAGUCUCGUGAAGAAAAAUGCCUCACAGAACGACUUACUUCUUCCCCAGGCAAUUUCCGGAGCGUGGAUUCGAUGUAUCUUCUUCAAGCAAGGAAGUGGUCGAGAAUCACGAGAAGAAUACCCUGAAAGAGACUUUUAACAUUGAAAAUAACCGAAAGCCAUCCUCAACAACCACAAAGAACUUCAAGACUUCAGCUCUGUCAGAUCUUUUCACAAGGGCUGACGGAAAGUUUCAAAUAAAAAUACAGCAAUUUGCUGCCUUUUGCGACUGGUUGACGGAAAAAAAGGGAUCAGACAGAUCUUCUCCCGUGAAUUCAAGGCCAUAUUCCAGUGAUGACGAUCGUGAGCCCUUGUUACCAACUCCAGAAUCUGUGCCCGAGCCGGUACCAGUAUCCGUACGUGUUCCAGUGCCCGUGACAGAGACUACUGUCAUAAAAAAUGACAGGAAAUUUGACAGCCAUGUAUCAUUGCCGGAGUUGUCCAGUACUGGAAGCAGUUAUUCGGGGAGCUUAUUUUCUGGGACUACUGUUGAUGGAAAUUCUUCUAGUGAUGUCAAGGACACGUCCACUCGCUUGUCCACGACAAGACCGGAGGUAGAGGAAGAAGAGGAGAGUAAACACAGCUUGGCUCAAAGGACGAAGGAGAGUUAUAUGCUGCUACUUGCGUUGGUUCGUAGGCUUAUUUCGCAAGCAUGUCUUGUUGGUGAGCCUGUGAUUUUUCAGGAGUGCCUCCAGGUUGCUGAUGCUGAAACUGUGUCUUACCGUCUAUGGGUAAGUGGUUGCUUGGCAUACAGUGAAAAGAUAUCAGAUGGAUUUUAUAACAUUUUGGGGAUGAACCCGUAUCUGUGGGUGAUGUGCAAUGAUUUGGAGGAGGGAAAGCGGCUGCCAUCUUUGAUUUCGCUUAAAGAAAUUGAGCCUACUGAAACCACAAUGGAAGUGGUUCUUAUUGAUAGACAUGGUGACUCACGCCUCAAGGAGCUUGAAGACAAAGCUCAGGAAUUAUACUGUGCUUCUGAAAACACCUUGAUCUUGGUGGAGAAACUUGGCCAACUUGUUGCUAUUUGCAUGGGAGGAACUUUUCCUUGGGAGCAAGGUGUUCUCCACAAGCGCUGGAAAGUAGUUAGCAAGAGACUGAGAAAAUUUCGCAAGUGUAUAGCGAUCCCUAUUGGCAGCCUAACUACGGGACUGUGCAGGCAUCGAGCAAUUCUAUUCAAGAAAUUGGCAGACUACAUAGGUUUACCAUGUCGGAUAGCUCGUGGAUGCAAGUAUUGUGAAGCAGAUCACCGGUCUUCUUGCCUUGUUAAAAUAGAGGAUGACAGACAGUCCUUAAGAGAGUAUGUGGUUGAUCUGGUUGGGGAACCGGGAAAUGUCCAUGGUCUAGAUUCCUCAAUCAAUGGAGGAAUUUUUUCUUCAAUGCCAUCACCCCUUCAAGUUUCCUAUUUAAAGGAAUUCCAGCAACCAUUUACUGAUCCGGACUCAAAUAAGUCUAGCACUUUCCCUGAAAAUCCUCUGUUCUCAGUAAGUGAGGAAGAAGGUCAACAGUUGAUCGACUUUGGUUUAUUUGAAAGUCCAAAGGAUUUUAUUUAUGGUCCUGUUGAACAAGCUAGUCCUGAGAAGGAUUUAUCUCUGGUUCCUCUGAAAUUGGAAGGGAACCCUGUUGCUGUGGGUGAUGCUACUGGGGAAUCGAAGCAUGAUUAUCCUGCUAUACCUGCUGAGGAAAAUAUUAUACAACAUUCUGACAAAAAAGAGAUUAUGGCUUCUGGAAGUUCAAUUAGAAAUAAGGUUGUCAAGCCACCUAAAACAAACUUGUCCAGUCAGCUGGUUAAAAAGGAUGAGAGUAAGCUUGACAAACAAGGCAAAUUUCCAACAACAACCAUCCCAAGAUACUUGAAUCUGGAACCUUCUCUUGCAAUGGACUGGCUUGAGGUUUCAUGGGAUGAAUUACAUAUUAAGGAGCGAGUUGGUGCUGGCUCAUUUGGGACUGUGCAUCGUGCUGAGUGGCAUGGAUCUGAUGUUGCUGUUAAGGUAUUGACAGUUCAAGAUUUUCAUGAUGAUCAGUUGAAGGAGUUUCUGAGAGAGGUUGCAAUUAUGAAACGUAUUCGGCAUCCAAAUGUUGUUCUUUUCAUGGGUGCAGUUACAAAGCGUCCUCAUCUAUCAAUUGUGACAGAAUAUCUGCCAAGGGGUAGUUUAUACCGCCUCAUGCAUAGGCCAGCUUGUGGGCAAAUGCUUGAUCAGAGGAGGCGCCUACGCAUGGCAUUGGAUGUGGCCAAGGGACUCAACUAUCUUCAUAAUCUAAACCCUCCUAUACUUCACUGGGACCUUAAAUCACCAAACUUGCUAGUUGACAAAAAUUGGACUAUGAAGGUCUGUGAUUUUGGAUUGUCCAGAUUCAAAGCGAAUUCUUUUAUAUCGUCAAAAUCUGUUGCAGGGACUCCUGAGUGGAUGGCUCCAGAAUUCCUUCGAGGAGAGCCCUCAAAUGAGAAGUCUGACGUUUACAGUUUUGGAGUGAUCCUGUGGGAACUUGUGACAUUGCAACAGCCUUGGAGUGGGCUUAAUCCAGCUCAGGUUGUUGGAGCCGUUGCUUUCCAAAACAGAAGGCUUACAAUCCCACCUAACACAUCCCCAGAGUUGGCUUCCCUCAUGGAAUCUUGCUGGUCUGACGAACCUGCUCAGCGCCUGUCUUUUGCUAAUAUAGUAGAGUCACUAAAGAAGUUGCUGAAGAGUCUCCAGUCCAGAUGAUUCAAAUGGGUGGAUAAUAAUAACACGGCAGAAGCCACUAUCACAAAUAUUGAAAAUACAGUAUGUGCUUGAUUGGGAGAUUUUAAUAACCCUACAGAAAGCUGAAAGGAACCCCUACAAAUAUUAUGUUAUACUAACAGGCAAGUGUAGAUGUGUUGCUUAUAUCUAACCUCAGUGUUUUAUGGGUAUUCCAUCAGGUUCUGUUUGUGGCA